AUGGCAGAAUUGAAGCAGCCAAGACCCCGCAAGGCCGAUCCUCAAACGACGACGAUCCUAAGGUCUCUGCUCCUCCUGGUCGUCCUCCUAGGGGUCUCUGCUGAGGAUCCGCCCCCUCCCGCUCAGGUCACGUGGACGGAGUUCUGGUUGGUUCGCUUCGUCCUGAAUAUCGGGGGUUACGCCACCAUCCUGGUCCCCGGCUUCCUGCUCAUACAGUACUUCAAACGGCGCAACUACCUGGAGACGGGUCGGGGGGUCUGUUUCCCGGUGGUGAAGUCCUGUGUGUUCGGAAAUGAGUCCAAGUCACUGUCAGCGGAGGAGCCGUCACCCAGCGCCCGGGGGGACGGGGACCCCUCUACCACACAACAAGCCUUCAAGCUGCUCUUCUGUGCCGCCGGCCUCCAGAUCUCCUACCUGACCUGGGGUGUCCUCCAGGAGCGGGUGAUGACCCGGACCUACUCGUUUUCGGAGCCCGGUACUCCGGGGGAGAAGUUCAGGGACUCGCAGUUCUUGGUGUUCAUGAACCGUAUCCUGGCUCUCACUGUGGCCGGCGUUUACUGCGCCCUCACCAAGCAGCCGCGUCACGGGGCGCCCAUGUACAAAUACUCCUUUGCUUCUCUCUCCAACAUCCUGAGCAGCUGGUGUCAGUACGAGGCCCUGAAGUUCAUCAGUUUUCCCACCCAGGUCCUGGCCAAGGCCUCCAAGGUCAUCCCGGUGAUGCUGAUGGGUAAACUGGUGUCUCACAAAAGCUACGAGUACUGGGAGUACUUCACCGCUGUCCUGAUCUCCGUGGGGGUCAGCAUGUUCUUACUAUCCAAUGGGGGAGGUCACCGGGCGUCGGGGGUCACCACCUUCUCCGGAGUGGUCAUCUUGGCCGGAUACAUCGUCUUCGACAGCUUCACCUCUAACUGGCAGGACUCGCUCUUCAAGUACAAGAUGUCGUCCGUGCAGAUGAUGUUUGGGGUGAAUCUCUUCUCCUGCCUAUUCACCGUCUUCUCUCUGCUGGAACAGGGGGCGCUGCAGGACUCCAUCCGCUUUAUGUCCCGUCACCCCGAUUUUGCCUUCCACGCGGCGCUCCUGUCCGUGUGCUCGGCCUUUGGCCAACUCUUCAUAUUUUACACCAUAAACAAGUUUGGGGCAGCCAUUUUUACCAUUAUUAUGACUCUGCGCCAGGCGUUGGCCAUCCUCUUGUCUUGUUUGCUGUACGGUCACCCGGUCACGUCUGUGGGCGCGGUGGGGGUGGCGGUGGUCUUCCUCGCCUUAUUCCUUCGUGUCUACGCCAGAGGCCGGAUGAAGAAGAAGGGGAAGAAGGCGGCGGAUGCCCCGGUGAUCCAGAAGGUCUGACCGGUGCCGUUGUUGACCCAUUAGAUGUUUCUGGGCUGAGCGGCCCCUUUUGGGUUUUAUCUCUGAUCUCUCCGGACAUUUGUGGCGCGUCGGCUGCCGUUAGGAUAGAAGCCGAGGACGGCGCGGCGGACAGGAGGAACGGGAUUCUUUUUUUAUUUGUAUUCAGGACUGGAACGUUCUCGCUAUUAUUAUUAUUAAACGGUACAUUUACAUUUUCUGAAGGUU